AUGAAGGCCUCCAUCAUUGCUUCCAUUGCCGUCGCCGCUACUGGCAUCAACGCGGCGCCAGCCGAGCUCGCUCCUCGUCUCACUUCCAUUCCCCUGAGCAUCUAUGAUUCUCCGGGCUGCAACAACGGACCAGCUUCGUCUAUCGCCAAUAUCCCUACCGACGGCAGCUGCUUUCCUACUACGGCGAUCCUGACUGCAAACACCAACAGUGUGCUCAUUAACACCGAGAACCUUGCUGCACUCCCUGCUGGCUGCACUGUGACACUCUAUGACAACUUCUCUUGCGACAGCCAGAACCACAUCACUGUUACCAGUGCCGGCCAAUGCUUCACUUUCGGAGCGAACAGGUUCGUCUCUUCCGCAAAAACCUCCGGGACUUGCUAG